GUGGGACGACGAAGGAAGCGUAUCCAAUUUUUGUGAACGGUAACCUUGUCUGUGAUGAUGAAACUUGAAAGUGAUACAGCCUGGUAAGCUUGCAGAGAUGGAAGAUUGGAAGAAUUCGCUUUCAGGGGGUACAACUCCUACCAGAUCCUGUGGGGAAAUUCUUGUGCCUGAGACACCAAGUCCUGUAUUUAAUGGAAUCCAUCAGAGCAAGAUGAAAACAUCCCCUCACUUUGGUGCCCAUAGUAGAAAACCCCUGUAUUUUGAGGAAAUAAGUGGAAAAUUUAAUGCAGAUACUGAGCAGAAAGGGAAAGCUGCAGCCUCCAAAGAAAUGAAAAGACAGUCUGCUUUUGAGAGGCUAAGAGCCAUUCGUCAGAAGAAGAAUCAAAAAUCCCAGAAAUCUGAAAGACCCAUCACUUACAGCUCAUGGCCUUCUGAGUCAGAGUCUGAUACAGAUUCUGAUCACAACUCACCAUUUUCAACACAACAUGUGAGAAAUGAUCGAAGACGAAUUGGUGGUAAAAGUGAAAUGCCAGAAACACUUCACAGAAGUGUGUUGGAGAAUAGAAAAGGGAGUAGCACCUCAAUAGACAGUCCAUUUUUGCCUUUAAGGAAGCGCAUUAAAAUCAGGCACCCUGAAGCUUCAGGAAGUAGCCAGGUUAAUCCCUUAGAUAAUAACACUAAUAGUAGGUGUCCACCUGAAACUGAUUGUGGCAAACUGGAUGCCUCAAGCACAACAAAAGUUACCUCUCCUUGUCCCGAUUUUAUGUCUGCACGACAAGUCAUGGAGGGCAGUGGCGUGGAAGAGGUAGCAUUAAGCUCUUUCAUAAGAGAUAAAGACUCUGGAAAACUUUCAUAUCAUAAAAGUCGGAAUAAAGUUAAGGGUAAAGGGAAGUCUGCAAAGAAAGAUCUGCCUACAGCAGAAAAAAGUCCCCAGAGUCAUCUUGUGAAAUGGUUACAUCGCUGUGAAGAUGAUAGCUCAGAGGAUUCUGAUGUGGAGAUUUUAUCAGGAUCACUGAAUCACAGUAGACACAAACAUUCUACAAUACAACCCAAAUCCAGCAAAGCAACAGAUCUACAAGUUCAUACCAAGAAAUUCUACAAAAAUACAGCUGAAUGCAAAGGUUCAGUCAACACAAAAACGAGAACAAAUACCUCGAGGGAGCAACCCAUGAAAUCAACUUUUCGGAGUCAAGCAGCUGUUACAGUGGAGAGUGAUGAAGAUGCAGUUUUGGUUGUCAAUCAAGUGGAGACAGAUGAGACUAUGGCUCGAAGAUUACAGGAAGAGAUGGAUCGAGAGUUUGCCUUAUCCCUGGCGCAAACAAACUCCCCUCACCGUCCUGAACUUCACCCUCAGGGGCGUGUCAGAUCUGGUCCUGUCACCUCAGGGUUUGGUGGACGUAUGCAGCCAUCUUCAGAAGACUCUGAUAGUGAAGAGAACCCUUUUCUACUGGGAUGUCCAUUUAUGCCCGCAGGAAACUGGGCGGAAAGGCAUUAUGCUCUAAUGACUGGAGGUGGGAAUGUGCUGGGCAUGGGAAGUAAUUGGACACCUGAGGGUCCGCGGAGGCGAUCAACCCGGCAAUCCCGUGGAGGUCGCAGGGGUCAGGCAGGACGCAUGGGACGACGCAAUGCUGUGAUUGGUUUGAACAGUCCAGGUGUCAGUGGAGAAGACUAUGAGGCUUUGCUGAACCUUGCUGAAAGUCUGGGAGAUGUCAAACCAAAGGGACUUACAAAGAGCCAGAUUAAUUGUCUACCUGUGAAGAAGUUUGUGCCCUCAUCAGGGGAGAGUGCCCAGAAUCUGGAGUGCCUGGUGUGCAUGUGCGAGUUCCAGAAGAGUGAAGAUGUACGCAUUCUCACUUGUUUCCAUGACUUCCAUGCUGGGUGUAUUGACAAGUGGCUGAAGAAUAACAACACGUGUCCUAUUUGUCGGGUAGAAGUCCAGCUCCAUUGAUGUAUCCAGCCUUCUGCUAGCCUGACACCCAUGAGAUCCCAGAUUCCAGACCAACCACCAGUGACUUGUUCAGACACUGUCAGUCAAAUCCAGUGGAAAUUGAGCGAUGCAUUUCAAGCUCAAAACAUGAACUAUUAUUAUGUGUAACUUCUCUGUGUAGUCUACAUCAUUGAUCAGAUCUCUCUUUAUCUAUGCAAAUGAGUCUUAUCCAUGCAGUAACAAUGCUCAAUGUAAGGGAAUAUUUCACUGCAUCCUAAACUAAUCACCCAUUCAGUUGUCCACACCUAAGUUUAGCAGAACAAAUUUUAAAAACCUGUGAAAUUAUUUUUGUAAAUUUAAUCAAUUUUCAAUAUCAGUUGGAAACAUACUAAGAUAGGUUUAUAUCUAUCUAUUAAAUACACCAACAGAAUGGAAAUAGCAGGGCAGCAAUGUUACCCUUGAUUAUCCAAAUGAUUUUUGUCCUACAUAAAUUUUUAAAAGUCGAAAAAUUAUGAUUUCUAUGACGCAAACAUUUUUUUCUUGUAAAGGUGACAGUGGUUGGUCAAUUAGUUACUGGCGUAUGAACCUAGGGGAUCACAAAGUCAUCACUUCUGGCCAUAUUCUGUGUUUGAAAAAUAUGAACUGCAUGUAACUUCCUUUCAAGCUGUAAAUCAGACCAUUGUCAUUUCAGUUUGCCUACAACAUAUCAACAUCAGAAAGGCAGGAAUGAGUAACUAACUACUGUACUUGGGCCCAUGUUGGUUCCUCAUAGAUUUUAUUUCUUCUGAAUCUUAAACAAGGGCUUCCAGAAUCUGGAAAUCUGAAAAGCUUACCACUGUUGUAAAAGACAAAAAUUUCUUGAGUAUAGCAUUUAAGACUGAUCCAGUAAAUAAACACAUCUUGUGUCACCCAAAGAUCCAGCAAAAACUAUUUGUCGGAAGUUUGUAGCUGAAACUAUUCCAAACAGUUUCUUUCCGCAACCAUUCUAAUUGCAUGGGAGAUUCUGAAAUGAAACAAGGAACACAUUGCCUUUCAAUAUUUAUCACGUACAUUUGGAUACCUACAUAGACAACACUAAAUGUUUUUACACAAUAUAUUGCAUUCAAUUUAGUUAAACUCUAAUAACCUUGUGGACAUCAGUUUGUAUCUAAAACAUUCAUAUUCAUGUUGUUAAAAGGUUACUCACCCAUGUGUGAUUGUAUAUAUUCAGUGUAAGUUUCAUUUGUGUAAUUCUUGUGGAAUCAUUCAGUACUGGACUGUCAAUAUUAUGAUUUCAAAGUACAUGUACUAAAAUAGUAGUAGCGGGUGGUAUGUAACUUUGGUUUGGAGAUUUACAAAUUGGGUUUAAACUUAUUUAAGCCUUAUGAGCAGUGUUGAAGCUGAAUGUGGGAACUGGCAACUAUGUGCUAGGGGCCAUUUCUAAAUGAAAUCAAAAGACCAUGUAACCAUGCUCAGUUUUUGGUAGGCCUACUGGAAGUUUAAAUUUAAAAAUUUUUGUCUCCAAGAGGCUGUACUGGAGAUUUUUGGCAACAAGUCCAUAUUCACCAAUCAGAUCAAAUUUUCUGUAUCUACCAAGAACACUGAUAGCUCAAACUAUUGUCUUUCGGUAAAUAAAAAAUUCUUACUUGUACUACUGACAGUAUUAAAAUUAAUCUAAAAUUUGAAAAAGUUCUAAUUUCACCCAGAUUAUAAAUUUGAGGAACUUUAAUACCAGUUUUUAACAGCAACAUGAUCAGUGAUGAUGCUGAUCUGUUGUGUCCUUAUUUGGGCUAUUCUAUAAAAAAUUUGAUUGGAUUUGUCUUGAUUGAUUUAUUGAUAAAAAUCUCUGGUAUAGUCUUUUUAAGAUAACAUUGAUGGGGUGGUCAAAAUUGUAAUUAUAAUAUGAAUUGCUGGGGUAAAAAAAAGUUUGAAAGUCGUAUUUCAAUUUGACCAUGUCAGAAAUGGAUUUGUGCAAUCGGCCGUAGGGAAAUGUGUAAUGAGGAGUUCUGCUCAUCUUGUGCUGUCUUUAGCACAAUAUCAGAUAGGGAAAUAAAUCAGUCAGAUAACAUUGCAUGUCUGAAAUGUUGAAAUCCAGCAUCAUACAGCUGGGUACUGUUUGCAAAUGAUUGUACUCCUAUGUACUGAUAUUUAGUAAUACCCGGGGUGAUAUUUAUCAGUAAAUAAGACUGGGUGUUGAAUGUUGUAUACACCUACCGUAAGUCUUGUAAAAUUUGGGACAGAUAUUAAUAGAGUUGAAAAGUAGAAUAUUACAUUUCUUUACCAGUAAAGAUACGAGUAUGAGUUCAUUAGAUUGUGUAACCAUGUGAAAAAAAAAAGAAACUCAGUAUUCCUGCUAGAAUUAUAUAUAUAUUGGCUAAAAUGAACAGACUUAGAAGAAAUAGAGUAUCAUGAAAUGAUAUUAGUGGGUGUGUGUAAAUACAAAUAUACUGCUGCUGUAGAACAGUGUCAAAAUUGGGGAUAAUGUAAGUGUGAUUUGGUAUUCCUUGUAGAUACAAUGAAGUCCAGAGAUACUGUCUCUCAUGAGCACUUGAUUAAAAAUCAUCAGACAUACAAGUUGAUAGUUCAGUCCUAGCCUUGGACUGCUCAGCUGUUUUUUUUUCUUUUUAAUCUGUGUGUAAUAAGGGCUUGGCAGCCAUUGUUUGACUCUUUAUGUGGUCUUACACGAAGUUUGUUGAAGAUUUAUGUGUAGCUGUUUCUCGAAUCUACCAUUGCCUUCUAUCAAGUGGCAUACACAAUUGGGCUCAUUCAUCUGGUGAAAAUUAAGUCAGGAGGUUAUUUAACAACAGCCAAUGGUUAUGCUGGAUACUUCAAUUUCCUGCACCAUUGACACACAUCAUCAUAAUAUGAGUGAUAUUUGGCAGUGAAUCAAAUAAAUUCAGUCUGAUUCAUCAAGGUUUCGAUUGAGGCAUAUUCUUUAUAGAUUGAUUAACACCUUCUACCUCCAUAAUCAGUGUUUUUUUUUAAGUUGCUUGAUUAGCAUUCAGAAUUACUCUUCAAAUGUUGUACAAGACAGGCCAACAUAUACGUAUUGUUGUAUUUAAUUGGGCAUGAAGACUAAUGCUAAACAGAAAAAUAAACUCCAUUUGGUUCUAUAUGUACAUGUACUUUAAUUCAGUGAGCUAAUUGAUCUCGCUCCUUGUUUAACAUUCUGACAUUUACCUUGUUGAAUUAAUUUGUACACAACUUUCCUCACAAAUAAGAUAAAAUAAAAGUCCAUUUGGUGAGGUCCCUU